AUGGGUAACACUCUACUGACAGGCCGCUCGAAUGCGAUCGCACCGAUCAUCAGUGCAGAAGAAGCCAAAUCUUUCAGUAUGUCUGAAAAGGAGAAGGAAAAGUGAACGAAAAGAUGAUUUUCAGUAUCCGACGAAGAAUAUCGCCGCAUUCGACAAGCUUUUCAGAGAUUCAAAAACGGAUUCAUUAUUUAUGACGUGAGAAUAUUUGAGAUGAAAAUUAUGACAAUGAAACAUCAUUACUUCAGGAGUUCUGCUACCAUGUUCUGGGCGGUGCUCAGAUUCCCGACGAUAAACGACGCCUUCUCUUCAACUUCUUCUCACACGGCGCAGAAACUGUCACUUUCGAAAAUCUGCUCACCUCUCUCGUCGGAUUGUGCCGAGUGGAAGAAGUGCAGACGAGAUUCAUUGAAGAGUAUCACGAAUUCGCUUCGUGGGGACUGAGCCCUCCGAAGCUCACAAUUCCUUUGAAUGAUUCCUACAUAUCAUUCUACGAAGUCAUGUCCUACGUCACUCACUGUAAGCGUUCGUGGCACGUUCAUAAAGUUAAAAAAUGUGUUCAGUGUCUGUGAACGAAGUGAUCGAACUAGAGAAAGUGUUCGCAACAAUCAGUGAUCGUGCGGUGUGCAAAUUGAAUGAUGACAAGUGGAAACAGGCUCUUGGCGGCUGCUUCCCGUCCAACUACGCCGACAGACUCUUCGCCGUUUUCGAUGAAAAUAAAGACGGACAAAUCGACUUUCGGGAACUCGUUUGUACUCUCUCCGCACUCUGCAGAGGACCUCUUCCUGGAAGAAUCUCGCGUAUGAUUAAGUCUAUCAAAACAUUGCUCAUCAAAUUGAAUUUCAGAGCUAGCUAGAAUCUGGGACGUCGAUUGCGACAAAAUGUUGUCCGACGAGGAAUUGCAGAAUAUGUACGAGGAUUUGGCAGUGCCAGCUGAGCGUCAAACGGUGACCAAAUCAGCACAAGGGAAGGCGGCACUCAUAGACUUUGGAAUAUGGGCUCAGGAGAAUGAGGAGUAUGUCAAGGAGUACUACUCGAUGGCAUUGCAAAUCGGACAUAUUUGUCUUGGAUUGAGACCGGAAUCGAAACAACUGGAAUUACAAAUUGUGAAGUGAGUUAGUUAUCUGGUAAACGACAUUUACGAACCAUCCUUUCAGCGAAUUCGAAGAACGCGCUUCCAAACUGCCGCUGACCGAAUGGAACAUUGUCGCGGCUAGUUGGCACGGAGAGUUCAGAACGCUCCUGGAAGCGGAUAAGAACCCCAAUCCAAUUGACAAUUCUUCAAUCAAAGGGACUAGGGAAGACAGUUGGACAAGCAAAGUAAGCUCUUUUCAAAAUGUUACCAUUUCCAAGUAUAUAAUUUUGCAGGUUGCGUGCAUUUCUUCAGAAUCAGCUCGAUUGAAAGCUGACCUGAAUCCGUCCGACUACAUCCGAGUCCCCGUUCCUCUUUGGAGAGCAUGGCUUCGUUGGCAUGGAUGUGCUUUGACAGUCGAUUCUCAAUUCACUCGUAAAUAUCUUGACGGCGAGUUCUUCGAAGAUUCCAAGCCGGCACUCGAACUGUACCCGCUCGAGAUUCUGCUGCUCGGACAUGACCGUAAAAAGAGUCAUGACGGAACGGAAACGACGCCCAGAUCAUUGACUCCGUGGGCGUGUGCUCAAGUCUCCCGCAGCAUGACUGUCGACGAACUGCUCUCUUUGUGCAAAACGGAACUGAGAUUGGGUGAAGGAGAUGCGAGACUGUGGCAAGUGGUCAAAGAGAACGAGGAGGGCAACGUGCUGCUGGAUGACGGAGCACAGAACUUGCAUCAGUUGUACGUGGCACUUGGGAAGACGAAGAAAGUGAACAAAAUGAAGUUGCUGCUGGAAGUGCGCGAGCGAGGGACCGGAGUGUGGCCGGAGGAGCUGCGAGCUUCACUCUCCGGGAAACAGAUCACUGCCGCGUCGACUCUCUCCUCUUCAAAUGCUCAACUCUCAGGUAACCAUUCCACUUCUCAAGCGCUUUUCCUAACCUCUCACAAGAUUCUACAGGUCGUCCGGGAGCCGUUGGACUCGUAAACUACGGGAACUUCUGCUACCGAAAUGCCGGAAUUCAAUGUCUUGCGAGAGUCUCUCCAUUGACACAGUACUUCUUGGAGGACGAGAAUCUGGAUGCGAUUAAGCGAACGAACACCCGAAGAAGAGAUGCCGUGGAGACGACGAUCGAGUAUGCAAAGCUGCUGAGGGAAAUGUGGGCGGCGAAAAAAAAGAAUAUUGCGCCGAAUGACUUCAACGAUGCAAUUCGCAUGAAUUCAGACAUGUUCGAGUGCAGUGAACAGCACGAUUGUCAGGAGUUCGUCGCGUUUUUACUCGAUCAACUGCACACUUCCAUGUACGAGGCAAACAAGACAUUGACUCAGAAUACGAACGAGAAUCAGGUAGAACCGAGAGCAGAGAAGGAGGAGACGAAAGAAAAAGAAGAGGGCGACGAGGAAAAGGCGGACAGAUCAUGGAAAGAGUACGAGGAGCAGAAUGAUUCGCUGGUCACUCAACUGUUCACUGGACAGCUCCGCUCCCGAUUGAUCUGUCGUUCGUGCCAAGGAAGUUCCAGUGUUUUCGAACCAUUCACCUCGCUCUCUUUGCCCAUUGGAUUCGAAGACGUCGAUUUGUACCAAGUCAUCGGUAGGCUACUGAAAACUAUAAUUUUCUGUGCAAAUCAAAAAUUGCUCUUUCAGUUGUACGACGCGACGGCCGAAUUCCUCGUCGCUAUGGAUUCCGUCUCUCUCGCGAUUCGAAAAUAGGUCAUCUCCGAGAAGUUGUGUCGGCUUCCAGUGGCAUCUCGAUGUCGCACAUCACAAUUCAAUGCAUGUCCAGCAAGGGAACUCUCAUGAGCAGAUCUCCGAGUCAACGGAACUGCCAGUUGAAAGAUGAGAUGCCGCUGAGCUCUUUCCCUUCUGGAGCAAGACUGUAUGCUCUUGAACUACCGGAAAGCACCGCAGAAGACGAGUGGAGAGUGGCAAUGCACAGGAAGCUACAAUACAAUCACGAGCCGCACAUUCUGGGAUCAACCGCCGGGUUCAUUGUCUCUCGCUUCGGACUUCCACUCAUAAUCGGCGUGGAUACAGAAGUGACUGGAAAGAAGCUCUACGAUGAUGUCAUGUACCAGAUGCAUCGUUUCAUGGAACACUCAGUCAAUUCGUUCUCGAGCAGAGCCCAUGAUCCGUGCGAAGACGACGCUUCCGGCUAUCCGUUCACUUUGUGCCUUGUUGAUCAGAACUACGAAUGGUGCGGACAAUGCCCGGCCCUCCGCUUCUGCCGAGGCUGUCCGAUUCGUCCGGACGAUCAGAAGACGUAUAUUCCCGCGCACUGUCCGAUUGCAGUCGACUGGCUGCCGAUUGCCCUUUACCUUCGGUACAAUCAUUCGCAGGAACAGGCUUGUGAAGAUGAUCCAUCUGUGGCCGAGACGUGGUCCCGACACUUCGCUCCUUCCUCGCUCGAACAUUGCAUCGAGAAGUUCUCGUGUCCAGAAACCCUUGACGCGGCGAUUCAAUGCGAUCGAUGCGAGAAAAAGACGACGAGGGACAAAGUCAUGACUAUUUGGAAACUCCCGAAAUAUCUGAUAAUCCAUCUGAAACGCUUCGAGUUUCUCCGAGAGCAAGGAAGAAUGGGAAAAUGCAAGCGGACAGUCAAUUUCCCGCUCAAACACUUCGAUCCGGCGCCGUUCGUCGACAAACCAGACGGAAACACGUACGAAUGCAUUGCCUUGGCUGUGAGUGAUAAAGAAAAGUAUUUGGUUAACAAAAAGGAAUUUCAGAAUCACUACGGCCAGCUGUCUUGUGGUCACUUCAUCGCGUACGCAAAGAGUAAUGAGGACAAAUGGCUGAUGCUCAAUGAUUGCUCCGUCAGAGUUAGUUAAUACGAAAAGUGAUAAUGUCUAAUCAAUUUGUUCCAGGAAGUUUCCGAAGAAGAAGUCGACAAGCAAGGCGCGUAUCUUUUGUUUUAUGAGAGGAAAGACGGCAUUUAG